GCCGUGUACGUGUGCAGUGACAGCGCCCACAGCAGCGCGGCCGGCAGCCCUGAGGGGGGAGCGCUGCAGUGCCUGCUUCAGGCCUGCGAGGCCGAGGGCGUCUGCCUUAUCUCGGUGCGCUUCGGGGAGCUCGACUUCGGCGAGACCGCUGUGCUCGACGCCUUCUACGAUUCGGAUGUUGCCAUUGUGGACCUGAGUGAUAUCUCCAUGCAGCCUUCUCUUUUCUACCAUUUUGGAGUCCGUGAAAGCUUUCACGUGCGCAAUAAUGUGAUCCUGUACCAUCACACCAGUGCUGAUACUGCAUUGUCAUUGAAGGGUAUGGUAACCCAUAAAAACACAGCAUCUAAUGGAAAUUAUUACUUUAUCCCCUACAUUGUGACGUCAUAUGGUGGUUACAUUUGCUAUGAGAAUGCAGUCCAAAGGCGAACCUGGGAGUGCAUGCAGCCCAACUGGGAGGCUGUCCUGAGCCCACUGUGCAUAUCUCUGACGGACAAGUUCAUUCACUUCCUCAGGAACAUCCAUGUGCCUUCAUGUACUUACUACAAAGAAGUCUUGUUAAAUGACAUCCGGAGAGCCAGAGCACAAUGCCAGGGCAGUGAACUGGUGGAGGAACUGGCUAGGAUCAAACUUCGCAUGGAUCACGUUGAGGUUAUGACCGCAGAUGUCAUCAUUAAUUUACUCCUGUCUUACCGUGAUAUCCAGGAUUAUGAUGCAAUGGUCAAGCUGGUAGAAACGCUGCAGAUGCUGCCUAUGUGUGAUGUGGCUGAUCAGCAUAAUAUUAAAUUCUACUAUGCAUUUGCACUGAAUAGGAGAAACAGCCCAGGUGACCGUGAGAAGGCUCUUCACAUCAUGCUGCAGGUUUUGCAGAGCUGUGAGCACCCAGCCCCUGACAUGUUCUGCCUCUGUGGGAGGAUCUACAAGGAUAUGUUCUUGGAUUCAGAGUGUGAAGAUGAUAUCAGCCGAGACAAGGCCAUUGCAUGGUAUCGCAGAGGAUUUGAACUCCAGCCAUCUCUUUAUUCGGGAACCAAUCUUUCGAUUUUGCUGAUAGCUGCUGGACAACACUUUGAAACUUGUAUGGAGCUAAGAAAAAUAGGUGUCCAGAUGAACAAUUUGUUGGGAAGAAGAGGGAGCUUGGAGUACAUGAACAAUUACUGGGAUGCGUGUCAGUUCUUCACCAUGACCAUGCUGGUCGAUGAUGUUGGGAAGGCAGUCCAGGCAGCGGAGCAGUUGUUCAAACUGAGACCUCCACUCUGGUACCUGCAAUCAUUAGUUCAGAACUUGUUGUUAAUGCGGCGCUUUAAGAAUUUUGAAAUUGAGCAUUCAUCCAGGCAAGAACAACUUAACUUCUGGUUACAGUUAAUUUUUGAAGCAACAACAGAAGUUACUGAUGGACUCAGAUUUCCAGUUCUCGUGGUAGAAGCACUCACAAUCUACCAGCCUGCUUAUGUGUCUAUCAAUAAUGAAGCUGAGGCGAGAACAGUGUCUUUGCAGCAAGUUUUCCCCACAGACGUGACACAAGUCCAUGAAUGGAAUUUUACCGCCUCUUCUAUCAGGGGAAUAAGUGUCUCCAGGGUUGAUGAACGGUGCUGUUUUCUUUAUAUCUACAAUAAUUCUGAUGACUUUCAACUCUACUUUUCAACAGAAAACCGGUGUAUCAGGUUUUGCUAUUUUGUCAGAGAUAUGCUACACAGUACAGCGGGCCCUACAGUGGAUCUGGACAUAGGUCGUAAUGGAGACACAUUACAAUAUGAGUAUGACCAUGAUGCAAAUGGGGAAAGAAUUGUCCUGGGACAAGGCACCUAUGGAAUUGUGUACGCUGGCCAAGAUCUGAGGAAUCAAGUGAGCAUAGCCAUCAAGGAAAUUCCAGAGAGAGACUGCAGGUACGCUCAACCUCUGCAUGAGGAGAUAGCCCUGAACAAGUACCUCAAACACCGCAACAUCGUCCAGUACCUGGGCUCUGUUUCUGAGGGUGGGUACGUUAAGAUCUUUAUGGAGCAGGUGGCUGGAGAAAGCCUUUCUGCUCUCUUGCGAUCCAAAUGGGGGCCGAUAGAGGAAGCCGUUAUCAAGUUUUACACCAAGCAGAUCCUGGAAGGCCUGAAGUAUCUCCAUGAAAACCAUAUAGUGCACAGAGACAUAAAGGGUGAUAAUAUUCUGAUAAAUAGCUACAGUGGACUGGUAAAAAUCUCCGAUUUUGGAACCUCCAAAUGCCUCGCAGCAUUGAACCCAUGCACAAAUACCUGUGCAGGCACUCUACGGUACCUGGCUCCUGAGGUUCUUGAUCAAGGACCUCGUGGGUAUGGUGCCCCAGCUGAUAUCUGGUCCCUGGGCUGCACCGUGAUAGAAAUGGCCAUCGGCAGGCCUGUGUUCCGUCAGCCUGAUGAAUCACAGACAGUAUUGUGCAGAUUGGGACUGUUUAAGAUGCACCCUGAGAUUCCACGAACCCUUUCAUUUAAAGCUAGAGGCUUCAUCUUAUCCUGUUUUGAGCCUAACCCUAGCAAACGGGUCACUGCUGCUGCCCUACUCGCAGAGCGUUUCUUAAGGCAGACAGACAUGGGCCGGAAGAGGCAAACUGCUUUCAGGCCUUCAGGGAAUGUCCAGUCUGCUGCCAGUAUCGUGACUCUACCCUUACUGAGGGAGCGUGCAGGCAGCAGCACCAGCAGCAGCAGCAGCAGGGAGCAUGGCUCCAUUGCCCCACACUGUGAUGCCCAUGCACCCAACCACCAGCCCAGCCACCUUCUCAGUGUUCCUGAGCAGAGUUCAGCCUUGCAAGAACAGGGCACAGCCUCUUCCACAGAGGGCAGGGAUCCAGGCAUGCUCUUGCUGCGUGAGGACAGUGAGCGCCGCACCAUCCUUUACAAUAUCCUUUGGGAGGAGCAGGCCCAGGUGGUUUCCAUCUUGCAGGAAUGUGUGGCCCAGAGUUCAGAAGAGGUGCGUCUCUCAGUUGCUCACAUCAAGCAAAUAAUUGGGAUCCUGAGGGACUUCAUCUACUUCCCGGACCACAGGGUGAUGGUAUCCAUGAUAUCAAAGCUAAAGGUGGACCUCAACUUGAACAGGACAAACAUGAAUCAGAUUCACCUGAUACUAUUUGGAUUCCAGGAUGCUGUAAACAAAAUUUUGAGAAACCACUUAAUUAGGCCUCAGUGGAUGUUUGCAAUGGACAACAUUCUCUGCAGAGCGGUGCAGGCUGCAGUCACCACUCUCACCCCAGAGCUCCAACCCCGCUCUGAGCCUGCCUCUCAGAUGCAAGAAGUACGUAACACGGAGAACUAUCCUGUAGCAUGCCUGUCUGCUGAACCAUGUGCGGCAUCCAGCAGGAGCACAAAUUGUUCAGUGGUUGUGCAAGAGGCCCCACCACCACACCAGCAGCAGCACCUGAGCCUCCAGCUGAACAAGAUCAAGGAGGAGACCAGCAGACUUUUAGAAAACCUAGCUCAAAAAGAGAGAGAGUACCAGAAUCUUCUCAAACGAACUCUCGAACAGAAAUCUCAAGAAGUGUACCACCUUCACUUACAAUGCGAAAGUAAUGGUGAGUCAUUUUCUAUUUGCCCUAUUUUAGGUGUGUUUGCAUGUGAGAGAGAAACUACUUAAAAGCUGGCUAAUAUUCUAACCAGCUUGGAGAAAGAGCUGAGGUUAUCUUCUGUGAAACCAGAACUCUAGUAGGUUCUGGAAUAUUAACAAUAAAAGGGAACUACUGGUCUAUUCAACAACAUGGGAUAGAUUGCAAAUGCAGUAUGCUGAGUACAAGAACCAGAUUCAAAGGCUAUAUACUGUGAUUCUAUUCACAUAGUACUCUGGAAAAGGCAGAAAUAAAGGAACAGAAUAAAUGAGAAUGAACAGGAAAGAGAAGAAAUUAUAAACACAUGACAGCUUCUUGGGGUGUGGAAAUGCACCUUGAUUGUGGUAGUAGUGACAUGAGUGACAUUAAGUACCCCUUAAAAGAGUGGUUUACUGUGCAAAUUAUACUUCAGUACACUUCUCAUUUUGUGACACUUAGAAGAGCUACAGUUGCCACUUAGAAUGUGGAAUGGAUAAGCUCUGGCACAAAGCCUGGUUUCUCAUUUUAUUUCCAGUGCAGUUUGGGAGAUACAGUACAUCCCUAAGAUAAGGCACUUUAAAGAUAGGGAAAUAAGUAUUUAAACUGAGACAGGUAUCAUACCAAGUUAUACAUUUAUUAAAGGUAGGGUAGGUAAGGAUCAUUCUGCUCUCUGUAAAACAAACCCAUGAAUUAUGAAUUGUAUAAUAUAUAUACGGCAGCUGAAUAAUACAGGUUUAACUCAUCUUUUCACAUCACAUUUACAUUCUCGAUAGUUUCUUACAUCCAUUUUACUUUUGAAUAGCAUGUUAAUAUACAAGAGUUUCUAAUCAUUACAGGUACUGCAGAGAUGCCAGCAGAUAAAGAGCUUAUAGCGUGGUUGCAACUGCAAGGAGCAGAUGCAGAUACAAUUGAAAAGGUACAUUUAUAACCAAAAAUGAUUCCUAUGAUGUUGUCAAAAAGCUGCUUAUCUCUUACGUACUUCGUCUUUGUUUCAGAUUGUUGGACAGGGUUACACUCUUUCUGAUAUUCUUAACAAUAUCACUAAGGAAGACCUAAAGCGCCUUCAACUACGGUAAGAGGUUCAAUACAGUUUGUAUAACAGAACUUUUUUUUGUGUGAAUAUACUUUAAAAUAAAGUAGAAAACAUAGUGCUGGCAACUUCUCCCCUCCCCAAUCUGAAGUAAAUCUGGAAUUCUGCUAGGUUCAAGUUAGGAAAAGGCCAAGGUAUGGCAUGAGGUGCCAGCAUACUACACUCAGUUCUCUUUAAAUGGUAACCUGCGCUCUUAUUCCUGUGUCACUUUAAAUGGCCUUACACAGAUCCCUCAGUACUUCUGCACACGUUUCUAAGGCCAAGUCCUACCAGUGCUGGGGCACAAGUAUCACCUUCAUAUACGAAUGUUUCUGUGAAGUGCCUAAGUUAGGGACUGCGCUUUUGAGAACAGAUAGCAAAUGUUAACUCUGGAGUUACAUACUAUACUUUUUGCCAUAAGGACUCCUAGAUAAGUAUUUGGGAUUUUUAGUUUGAAAUUUGCCUUUCUUAGAACUCUUUUUUAUUUCACAGUGGUGGUAUGUUCCACAGAAUCUGGCAAGAGAUCUCCCAGCACAGAGAACAGGCUCAGGUGUCCUCUGGGGCUGCAGCUACACCGGAGGAAGAGUAAGCAAAUAGUCGACAUGUUUGUGGCUCAAGCUUCAGCUUCCAUAUGCCACAAAUUCUGCUGAGUUUACAAAAGAAAGACUUGUUCCAUUAUUUUAAGAACCUGAAGUUUUAAAGAUUGUUCUUACUGAA